GACGUCACGGCGCACGCCGUCCGGAAGUGCGUGAGCUGCGAUGACUACGAAGGCUGCGGCGGGGCUGAUGUAUAGUUGGUGACUUUGUCCCCAGAUGCUGAGGUGCCUGAAUCCCUGGCGCAGGCCACUACUGAGCUGUAGUUGGAGUAGGCUGUGCCUUUUCAAGCAGUAUCUGUUUACAAUGAAGUUGCAGUCUCCAGAAUUCCAGUCACUGUUCACAGCAGGAUUGAAGAGUCUGACAGAUUUAUUUGUGAAAGAAAAUCAUGAAUUAAGAAUAGCAGGAGGAGCAGUGAGGGAUUUAUUAAGUGGAGUAAAGCCUCAAGAUGUGGAUUUUGCUACCACUGCUACCCCUGCUCAGAUGAAGGAGAUGUUUCAGUCUGCUGGUAUUCGCAUGAUAAACAACAAAGGGGAAAAGCAUGGGACAAUUACUGCCAGGCUUCAUGAAGAAAAUUUUGAAAUUACUACACUGCGGAUUGAUGUUGUCACUGAUGGAAGACACGCUGAGGUAGAAUUCACAACUGAUUGGCAGAAAGAUGCUGAACGCAGAGAUCUCACUAUAAAUUCUAUGUUUUUAGGUUUUGAUGGUACCUUAUUUGACUACUUCAGUGGUUUUGAAGAUUUAAAAAAUAAGAAAGUUAGAUUUGUUGGACAUGCUAAACAGAGGAUACAAGAAGAUUAUCUUCGAAUUUUAAGAUAUUUCCGGUUUUAUGGGAGAAUUGUAGACAAGCCUGGUGACCACGAUCCUGAGACUUUGGAAGCAAUUGCAGAAAAUGCAAAAGGCUUGGCUGGAAUAUCAGGGGAGAGAAUUUGGGUGGAACUGAAAAAAAUUCUUAUUGGUAACCAUGUAAAUCACUUGAUUAACCUCAUCUAUGAUCUUGAUGUGGCUCCUUACAUAGGCUUACCUACUAAUGCAAGUUUAGAAGAAUUUAACAAAGUCAGUAAAAAUGUUGAAGGUUUUUCACCAAAGCCAAUGACUGUCUUGGCCUCAUUAUUCAAAGUACAGGAUGAUGUCACAAAAUUGGAUUUGAGGUUGAAGAUUUCGAAAGAAGAGAAAAACCUUGGUAUAUUUGUAGUUAAAAACAGAAAAGAUUUGGUUAAAGCAGCAGAUAGUUCAGAACCAUUGAAACCCUAUCAAGACUUCAUUAUAGAUUCUAGGGAAUCUGAUGCAACGACCCGUGUGUGUGAACUCCUGAAGUACCAAGGAGAGCAUCGUCUUCUCGAGCAAAUGCAGCAAUGGUGCAUUCCUCCAUUUCCUGUGAGUGGCCAUGACAUCAGAAAAGUAGGCAUUUCUUCGGGAAAAGAAAUUGGGGCUCUGUUGCAGCAGUUACGAGAACAGUGGAAAAAAAGCGGUUACCAAAUGGAGAAAGAUGAACUCCUAAGUUACAUAAAGAAGAGUGAAAAUUGAUGAGAGCUGAUAUUAAAUAGCAGAAAAUUUUUGGUAAAACUAGUUUGUUCGUUUUUUUUCCCUUCCCUCUUAGAUUUAAGAGACUUGAAUAUAUAGCAGAAUAAAAGCCAGCGUAGAGGACCUCUUCAGAUGAGUAAAGGUCUUAUUUUGUGAGAUCUAAUUAUAUUUCAGGCAGUAAACUGAAGUCUACCUCCUCUUAAUUUGAUUUAUAUCACUGAACCCUGUGAUUCUUUUGGAGUAGUUCCUACUGCAAAUAGUACAGUUGUUUUCCCCUGUUGUAAUCUGUCUAGGCUUUCUUCUUUUUUUUUUUGGUGUAGCGUGUUACUGAUUGAUCUUAAAAUGUGGUAACUCGAUAAAAGUGUUUCUUAAUGUUUGUAAUUGAAAUAACUGCAUUAUUUUAUCGUUCUGGAAUCCAGGUAAGAAGUGAAACUUACAAAAGUGUGUUGAUAACACAGUAGUUGACAAAAUGGCCUAUAUAAAAUAAUGAAGACCGGAUGUGUCCCAGGUGGCUGGCAUUCGUACACCCAAAACUUGGUUCUAGCAAGCUGUUUUAGUACAUAGUUGAUACUUUUGUCAUAAUUUAUGCAUGCUAGGCCUGAGAAAGAUUGGCUUGACAGUUACUCUUGAGCCUAUUUUAAUAAACAUUCCCUUUGGAAUUGGAAGAGAAAUGUGUGUGGUAUGUGACAGUAUAUAUCAUUACACAUACACAUAUUCUACAUACUGACGAAUUAAGGUCAGUGUUAACUUUUUAAAGAUGUGGCCUAUAAUGUCCGUGAACAGGCCUGUAUAUGUGGUCUUUUAAUUUCUUUUUUUAAUGUUUCUUUGUUUAUAUUUGAGAGAAAGGGACACAGAAUCCGAAGCAGGCUCCGAGCUGUCAGCACAGAGCCCGACGUGGGGCUCAAACUCAUGAGGUGUGAGAGACGCUUAACCGACUAAGCCACCCAGGUGCCCCUGCACACAUGGUCUUUUAAAGUAAAAGGUUUGAGCUCUAAAUGUUUUCAGUAGGUAAAUGGGUGCAACGUAUUAUUUCAACAUUGUGACAUUUUAUUUUUGUGUAGCCAGACAGGUCAGUAAUUUAAGUCCCACUUAAAAAUAGUGUUAUAUGCUUUUUUUGUUGUUUUUUUUUUAAAUAUCAGAAACUUUUAUUUGCAAGUGUCAGUAAACAAAAUAGAACAUUCUGAGGUUACACCUUUCAGAUGGCAAAAGUAAAAGCAGCGUUCCUUCUCUGUGACUGGUUUCAGUGUAAAGAUGUGCUUUGCUAUUGGAAAUAAGUUUUAGUGUAAGACUGAAGAACUAGUACAGUCCUAUAAACCCAAUGUUCUCAGUAGUAGUAAUAGCUUAGGAAAAAAAACUAUAAUCUUGGCAUAUACUCUUAAAGAACUGACAGCAUUCUUGAGUUGCGUUUCAUUUACUUCCUGUAUAUAAAUAAUGCAGCAUGAGAUUCAGUUGAUGUUUUAAGUCUAGGCAGUCACAGCCAUGGCAUGUUUGGUAAAAGAAAAUAAUAUAUUACAACAUCACAGAUUUUAACAGUCUGCUUUUGGCUGGGCCUCAUACAUUUUCCCCCCUUGGUUGAACUUUUUUCCCCAGUUAAUUUUGUAAAGCAGUGAAGGAAUAUCAAAAUUACACAAAUGUGAAAGGAUCCAAAAAACACUUGAACAUAUAAGCAAAGAGGUAGGUAGCAAAUCAGUCUAUCUAGAACUUCAUCUUAAAUUAUUGGCUUGUGAGUAAAUAUUUUACAUUAUUUAAACAAUGAGGAUGUGUAAUGUCGUUUGCUCUUAAAGUUUACUUACAAUUUUUUUCAAGUUACAUGGAACAAAAUUGCUUACAAAAUAGAGUCACUGUCACUUGGAGCCUUACUGAACAGGGUAUGUUUUAGCAUCCCUGCUCCAUAGUAGUUUAGGUUCAAAUUAAAGAGUAAAUACAUAAGUUACUGUUUUUCACUAACAAAUACAUAAGGAAAUGAACACUUUUUUGGGGCUCAAACUGCAUAUUUUAACUCUUUAAUAUUUUCAAAAUUUACAAAUCAGUAUGAGAGAAACUAAAGAAAAUUAAAGCCUUUCUUCUUUGCCUCUUUCAAAAAGAGGAAUUUCAAAUAUGUUUUCUGCAGGAAACCAUCACUUUCAGUGAGGACUUCAUGUCCUAUCAGGGACAUUCUGGCAAGCCAGAGUAUAAUGGUACCAAGGUACUAAAGUAGAUAUUCCUAAUUUUAAUUUAAAUCUUCAAAUACCAUUUGGAACCUUCCAUGUAAUGUUGCUUUUUACUUAGGUAUGCAUCAAAAGCAGGAAUUUCCAAAGCAGAUCUGAUUUUUAGAAGACCAACUUGAUAAAUAACUUUAUCCCUAAUGUAUUUGUUUACAAGCAAAGUAUUACUUUGUCUGGACUUAUCUCAUCUUCAGUGUCUGGGAUUGUGGGCAACAGAGCAGAUCGAGUCAAACCCCAAAACUUCUGAGGUGACAUGUCUUUUUUGGUGGCUGUAAAUUUCCAUCCAAUAUGGCUUGCACAGAUCCUACACUGGGCGAUAGUCCAGGCAUACCUACAAAAUUAAAGAAAGGUAUCAGGUAAGGAAACACAUUUUUGUAUCCCAAGCUAUCACGGUAAAUCUGUUAGGAAGACAGAGCCAAAUUCUGUAGUUUUGACUGUGCUCUUAAGCUGUGUAAAACUAAUCUUGUUAAUGUGGAUUAACUCACAGGUACUUUUCCCUGGUGGUUUCAUAUUGCAGUCAUGUUAGAAAACACCAACCAACCACCUCCAUAAAUACACUGGUGCCAAGUCAAAAUGGGGGGUGGGAUGGAGAGAGACCUGUAUUUUAGAACUACUCGUCUACAGUAAGAAUGAUUUUGUCAGAAGAGUCAUACUGUAACUAGAAAAAUCAACCAAACCAUUUCUUACUUCCCUAGGGUAUAUCUCUUAAUUCUAGUUUUGUAUCAAAUAAGAUUGGACAGUUCGAGUCGCAUGGUCCUAAGUCCAAAAUGGCAAGUAUAACCACUAAUCCAUACUCAGCUUACCUCUGACUACUUAGACUUUCCUCAGCCUUAAUAGUAUUUUCAACAACCCUAACAAGUUUCCAGGUGGUGCUGUAUCAGGCUUAUACUUUGGAGGCCAUUCAGCAAAACCAGGACUAAAUGGUUUCUGCAUCUGUUUUGUCUAUUACUGCUUGGGAUAUUCUCUGGUUUGACACAUUACGGAAUAUACUAGUUCAGAUACAGUUUUGCUGGGUCCUAAGCCAGCUGAUUUUCAGAAUGAGCUAAAAUGAAAGAGGUCUGGAUUAACUGUAUAGCUAAUUUAAGGAUAACUGCAGUUGCCAACUUUCCAACUAUACAUUUAGUGAGACUAUGCAAAAAUACUGUUACUAGCCAUUCUCAAAACGAACAGCAUUUAAAUAGAAUUAUUCAUCUUAGUGUCUAUUUUCGAUUAUAAUUCUAACAACUCUGCUUAGAACUCUGGAUUUUUCUGCCCAGUUAAGGCAGCAAAACCAAAAAAAAAAAGUAACCACCACCACAUUACCCAGGAAACCAGCUGUGCUCUGUAGAAGGUCGACCUAUCAGAUUCAAGUUGCAAGCCUUAUACACAGUAAGCGUCUCAUGCACGUAUCCAUGAGGAUUCACGUAAGCUGCCAUCGGCCCACAUAACGAUAAACUACAAGAGAGAAUCAGCACAGAAGAUAAGUCAAAGUGGGAAGAAAGAAAUGUCUAAUGAGGUUAUAAGAGGGAACAGCUUAGAAUCCGUUAUGAAAACAGGAGGUUGGCAGUCAGCCCAGUUUCAGUCUACACGUUUGUAAAAUAGGGAGUUAAACUUCAUCUAAAGGAGUCUUUCACAGAGGGAGUACAGUGAAAAUGUCCUUUUGGUCAUCCUUGGGCUGCUGAUUACUCUGUAGACAACAAUUUCUCUAUUGUCCUACACAAUAGUGUCCUAUUUGCAGUAGCAGUACAUGUUCAGAAGCAUGUCCUACUUUACCUUUGGCCCUGACUGUAAGAUACUAGCCUAAAGCAUUCAUGUUAUCCUUAUUCACUAAAAAGAUACACAGAUUUUCAAGCAGGAAUGGGGAAGAAAGGAUUGCCCCCUUAUAAUUGACUUGACCAUGCUGAUUAAUACCUUACAUAACUAUUACUGCUGAGUACCCAAUCAGGAAGGGUAUCUUAACCCCCUCCUAUUUCAUUUGCUGAAAUGACUAAUUUAAUGGAGGGAAAUAUAUGGAGAAUGGAUAUAUAGUCUUGACUAUAAUUCUGUUAUAGGAGUUGGGAAAAUAUAUCCA